GGAAUAGGAUGCCAUAUUUUGUCCAAAAUGGCGGACAACAGAAUUUGUAAGUCGGCGAAAAUAACGAAAAAGAACGGCUUACUAGAGAAAUCACCAAUGAUAGCAUCAUGAAUCGUCAGCAAAUACUCACAGGAGCGGCGAAUGAUGGAGAACAGUCGUUCUCUGUCGGCUCUGUUGAAGGAACAUCAUUUUUGGCUUACGCUGCGGGCUGCGACGUCGUUAUCCUAUCUUUGACUUUGAAAAGAGUACAAAUAAUUCCUGGAGAUGAAUUGGUGAGUUGUGUUGAUGCUUGUGAGGAUUGCGGUCGGAUAGCAGCUGCCUAUUCAACAUAUAUUAAAAUAUUUGAACCGUCACGUUUAAUGCAUCAUGAAAAUUCAACAGAGGCUGUUAAAUAUCAAUGGUCAUACGGUGGUGUUUGCCAAUGCUCAGCUCAAGUAAAUACCUUAUCGUGGGAUAAUGAAGGCGUUCGAAUUUUAUCCGGAGGUGAAUAUUUACAAUUGUGGUCUGCUCCCAAAAAGAAAACUUGGUUCCAAGACGAAGAAGAAAAAUCGAAAAUGGAUUGGAUAUGUGUUUGGCAAUGUAAACCUUCCUCACCUAUAGUAUUAGUUCGAUUUUCUUCCGACGGCCUACUAUUUGGUUCGAUUUCUGCUAAUGAUAGACUAGUUAAAGUGUGGUAUGAAAAUAAAAGAGUAUCUCCUCCUCUUGUUAGGGCUGAUAGCCUAAGUCCUAAGAGGGAAGAGGUUCAUUUCUCAUUUGUGUAUAUUGCGCAUCCUAGAGCCGUUACGUCUUUUUCUUGGAGAAGAACAUCAAGACAUAUGUCACGAGGAGCUGUUGCUAACGCUCUGUUAACUACCUGUGUAGACAAUAUCUGCAGAAUUUGGUUGGAAACCGUCCUCCCCGACCAUGGCUUGGUCGAUGUUCAACAAUUAGAAUCUGGAAAUUACAAUUCAGCUUCGGCCUUUCACGUUCACAGACAUAGGCGAAGAUUAUUACAAAGAGCAACACACUCUGCAAAACAUUGCCAACCACACGCCAUAAGCCCAUUACCUUCAACACAAUCAGUUCAUGAUUUUCACAAGUUUGGAAUUCAUCCAAAUAGCGUUGCUCCAGGCCUACAUAUGCAUUUAGCAGCGACUGUCACUCCAGAGCUUCAUAUAAAGCCAGCAUUUCCUAGCAAUUUCAGUUUUAACGUCCAUUGGUUAAAUAACAAAGAGUUGCAUUUCGUAAAACAUGCAGAAAAUAUUGUAACUGAUCUCAAACAAACGGAUGGUUCAGUUCCACAAACCCCUGCCGAUACCGCAUCAAUAAAAAGCGUAGCUACCUCAACCGAUGGCGAUGUUGUUAGUACUUUAGAUAGUAGAAUAGAAAGUUUAAUGAGAGAGUGGCAUGAAAAUGGGGAUAUGCUCAUAGGAGUGCAUCCUGUUGAUGGAUCGAUAUUAGUCUGGAUCGUUGAAUGGUUAGACGAAUGUGCGCCCGGCUCCUUUAGGCAACCCCACGUAACUUUCUCCUUACAAAUUCCCAACGCUUUACCAGCGCCGGACGCGGCUAGCAUUUGUUCUCGAUUAAUUCUGCUACCAGAUUAUACGUUUACAUCUAGUAUAAAAAUUUUCUCUAAACACAACGAUGGAUCGAUAAAUGCUUGGAAGGCAUCGGUUGCUGACGGGUCUAGAUGUUCUCAUAUCUUGAGUGUUACUCAUCAAGCUAGAGCGAGCGGUCACAGAUUUCACACUAGUACGGCGGCUUGUCAUCCCCUGUUACCUCUCCUACUGACUACAGCACGCUAUUGUCCAAGCCAGGAUAUUGGUCAGAAUUUAUCCGAAUUGAUUCUAUGGAGAGUGGACCCCGUUGGACCAUUAGCCGAAUCAGGAGGGCUAUUAGAGUUAGCUAGAAUAGAUUCGCCCUCAAGAACUGCCUUUUCGCAUGUGGCAUGGCUGCCGAAACUUUUACCUUCAACGUCCUUAGAUACUCAUACAAAUUCACCAGCUGCAAUGCUAGUUGUUUCUGAUGGUUCUAAGUUAAAGUUGUGCUUGGCUGUUGUUGAUGCUAGGGCCCUUCUAUAUAUACCAUCAAAUAAAAAAAAUGUCGACGUAGAUGAAGUAGGUUUAAUAGAAGACGAAGAGGAACAGGGUGGUGUGCCAAUGAAUUUAAUAUCAAAGCAGUCUACAGCUAGACCGGGUUGUAUAUUAGAAUUGGACGAAGUUGAAAAAGGUGACUGGAGUGAUGUGGCUCUUGUUCAUGCAUUCGAUGGUAACACAAUGAACACAGAAGACGAUGACGAUAUGUACAUAGUAUUGGUAAAGAAAAACGGCGAAGUAUACAUGUGGAGAGUUCAUGUCGUUGCUCCUGAGGAGGUUGAAAGACAGAACUUUUCACCCGAUUCACCUCUAGUUCAAGAUAAUGAAGAAGAAAAUUUUCAUUAUCAUACACCAGAAUGCAGUUCAAUGAAAACUCCUUUAUAUAUGCAUAAAGUUCGCGUGACCGUUACUUGUACAAGGGUGUGCAAAGCGACAUUAAAUUUACCACCCGAUGUCGAUAUUAUUGAUGUUAAAGUAGCCGCGGGCCAUUUAAGUUCGUCGUCAUUGCACGCGACCGGAUGUAAAGCUCCUUAUCAGAUAGUAACCGCAUGUUCCGAUACAAGAAUUCGAUUGUGGAAAUACGACGGAAGCAUGUCAUGGGUAGAAUACAAAACAGUUUUGGAAGGUGAUAGUAGUUUACAAGCAAUGGCCACUCCAUUAGUGGUCAGCUGUGCCUAUACGGGACGACUAGCUCUGGCGCACCAUGUUGGCAAACAUUCAAUAGCCGUUUCUAUAAUGGAAUGUGAAUCAACUGGAGGGGCGGGUUGGAAUUGUGAAGUUACCCUUGAUUUAGGGUAUAAUAGAAAACAAAAGGUUCAUUUAGAUUGGGUUACAACUGAAGAUGGCGCUCACGUUUUAACAGUUUGUAUAGGAACGCGCCUUCACAUUUACGCAGCCGUUAGUGCUCCAGAAUUAAUUGCCAGCUUGGGUGUGGGGGGUGAAGGGGGCGGCAGAAGGAGACCAUUAACUAAAACGAAAUCAAUAGCUGUUGCACAAAAGAACGAAGAAGUCAGAUGGACACUGAUAAGGGACGUAGAAUUGGUAACGGCCGACGGGCUGACUCCGAUUCCAGUAUUUAUGUCGUGGGUGCGUGAUGGCCUUUUAGUUGUGGGCUUUGAAAAUGAGACUCAUGUAUAUAGCCAAUGGAGAGGAGAUGUCCUAGCUAAUACUCAACCAGUCACUAUAUUGCCUUCUAGUUCCUCCUUAAUUAGCUUAACAAAGGAUAGUAGGCAAAAGAAGGAUUCAAAGAAAUCCAAGCCGCCACAAAUUCUUAAUGACGUCGGGCUUUUUGAAGAGGCUCGCCGUGCUCAUCCUGUUUUACCACAAUAUCAUCCUAGACAACUACUCGAGUUGCUAAACUUUGGGCGAAUUAGGAGAGUUAAGGCUAUCCUAUGUCAUUUAGUGAACUGCCUCACAACUAGGCCAACCUCAUAUCAUGAAACUGGUCGAACGAGAUCAUUUUCUAGAACCGUUUCUGUUGCUGAGGCAGAAGAAUUCCAAUCGGCAGAAAACGGUGUUGAAGAAUCUGCUGUUCCACCAUUGCCAAUUUAUAGUUUAUUGGCUGUCGAUUCUUCAAAGAAUUUAGAGCCAAGUCCCCUAUCGCCCGCCCAAACAGUAAACACGGGUAGUGAUGACUACGAUGCUCUAUUCAAAACACCAACUACUUUUGAAUAUGAGCAUAAAGACGAAGAGGAUGAAGAGGACGAAGAUGAAACUUUUGCGGAUGAUGUCACUGGCAUUCGCGAAAUGUCUCGAAGGCGAAAACGUAGUCUAUCUACCGGAAGUUCUACAGCGCAUUGGGGACCGUCUCAAACGAAACAGCUGCAAAGGCAUUUGAUUCACACAAGAUUGCCUGGUCUGUCAUCAGUUGACCAAAUGUACUUGUUGGCCUUGGCAGAUACCGUCGCAACAACUAGAGCGGAUUUUGGAGCAAAUAGACCUGCUGAUAUGGCUCUCCAAGAUGCUGUUGAUGAUUGUGGUCUACGAUUUCUUUUGGCUACUCGACAUUAUAUGUAUUUAAUAAAGACGCUGCCACUACGUCAAAGGGCACCUUUGGUGAGAAAGGGUCUUAGUCCGUCCAUAAUUGCUUGGGCAUUCCAUUCUGAAGCUGAAAGCGAGCUAGUCGAUCUAGCAACUGGAAGUGGAGCUAAAACAUGGCCCGAACUACGCCAGUUGGGAAUUGGAUGGUGGGUUAGGUCAGUUUCCAUUUUAAGAACAAUGGUCGAGAGAAUGGCUAAAUCGUCAUUCGAACAAAAGCGUGAUCCAUUAGAUGCUGCGCUGUUUUAUUUGGCGUUGAGAAAAAAGAAUGUCUUAUGGGGCUUAUUUAGAUCAGUAGAUGAUACAAAAAUGAUGGAAUUCUUCAAACGAGAUUUCAGCGAAGAGAGAUGGCGUAAAGCAGCUUUAAAGAAUGCUUUUGCAUUGUUAGGAAGACAGCGUUUUGAGCAUGCAGCAGCUUUCUUCUUGUUGGCUGGAGCUGUUAGAGAUGCCAUAGAAGUCUGCUUAAAUAAGUUAGAUGAUUUGCAAUUAGUUUUGGUUAUAGCAAGAUUACAUGACGUCCAAUUAGAUGAGGGUCUGCCAAAGUCAGUUAAGAGGUUACUGUACGAAGAAUGUCUCGGCGCAAAGAAUGAAAAUGGAUUAGACAGGGAUAUUACAUUGGCUCAUCCUGAUCCCUUUAUUCGAUCAAUGGCGUAUUGGAUGUUGGGGGAGUAUUCGAAUGCUUUAAGUACACUUCUGGAACCAAAGGCUGGUUCGUGUAGAGCAUAUAGAAAUAAUGAGGAAGAUGAAGAGGCCAACGUCUUCAAUUUUUACAAUUAUCUACGAACACAUCCAUUAAUCGUACGCCAGCAAAUAGCUGCGGCCGAUAGUCACCUUCCACUUGGUGGUUUUAGUUCUGAGCCAACGAACGUCCGUGUUACACCUACCGAAAGAAGAUUAUAUUUCAACACUGCAUAUCAACACCUCAGGUCGGGUUGUCCAAUGUUGGCUUUAGAAGUUCUCUCUAGAUUACCCGACGUUGUUUUAGAAGGGAAAGAAAAGACUAAGGAACAAUCAAAAAAAAUUAAUGGAGGAGAAACGGCUGAUGCCUUCGACUGGAGCCAGCCGUUAAUUGGUGGGGAUGCUUCUGAAUUAACUUUAGGUACUGAAGAAGAUAAUAUUGAUGAAGAAUUUGAGACAAAAUCAGCUGCUGAUGACGAAAUGGCGCAACAGAUGAAAAUGAUUGCUAGCAUCAAAAUAAUGACACAAGAAUUGUCAACCUUGGCUACAGGCUACGAGGUUGAUGGCGGACAUCUAAGAGCUCAUUUGUAUACAUUUUUAGAAAAGGAAAUGGAAGCCCUUCGGCAAUUGUGUUCAUACCAUGUUAACUUACCUGAAAUUGAUAAUUCAAAUAGUCUCAGCUCAACAGCAGAUCAAAAAACAGCAAUACCCACUUUACAUGAAGUUAUUUUAGCCGAAAAACUCGAUUUAGACGCGAAAAUUGAACGAAUGACUAGAAGAAGAAAGUGGCUCCAUGCUCAUGAAAGAAUUCUACGAACCCUCCUGGCUUUUUCUGCUCUGCAUGGUGCAGCAGGAGGUGGUUUAGCCUCCGUGCGAAUGGAGCUAUUGCUUUUAUUACAGGAGUUACAACAAGAUGCUAGGAGUACCCUUCACCAUUCUUUACCAUUUCCUACAACUUUACCAUUAGUUAGCUCGGCGGUUGCGAGCGUCAAAACAGUUGUAUCAGACCCGAUUCGACAUUUGUGCCUAACAACAAGAGAUCUAUUAAAAUCAAUUCUCAAGCUGGAAUUGCCACCGACAAAUGAAAUGCAAACUAUAAGGAAAGUUUUAGUCAUGCGAGAUAUUGCAGCUGCAUUAUCCGCUUCUAUUUACCAGUGUCUGUGCGAUUCAGAUCACGUUGAACCUUGGAGUGGUCAGCAACCUCUGUCGCCCAACACCUUCCUGGUGACGGGGGCACGGCGCUCUAGGAAUUUGUCAUGUGACGAAAACAAGGCCACUUCUGCCCCGGCAGAUUGGCCAGGUGUUACGUCCCUAAAGCAAUUACUGCUAAAAGGCCGGGAUAAGGAUGCUCCAAAAGUUCGUAUCUUGUUAUUGGAGAGUUUGGUUGCUGCCUAUUUAUCUCUUUUAUCAGCGGCUCUUGCCUUAUUCGAUGCCGAUGCUCUAUAUAGAUUAGUUGGACAUCCUUUGUGUGCGACAAUGUGGCCUGCACUAUUCGGUGGUGGAGCAAGAAAAGUGGUUAGGGUCGCUGUUUCUGAAAAUCGACAAGUGAAUCGCAGUGAUGUAGAUAAACAACGAACAAAGUUACAUAUGAGAAUUUUAGGUGCUCCUAGUGGUGCUAGUCAAUCGACGUCCUUAAGAGACGAUAAACCCACUUACAAGGAAAGAUACAUAGCUCCAGAAACUUCAAUGGUCACUUAUCUUUUGACAAAACCCUACGAAAAUCCUCACGAAGAAAGAGUUGAUUAUGAUUCGGCUGAUUCGGCGCCAAGUGAAGACGAAGAUGAAACUGACGAGUUUGGAGAAAAUACGAAAAGCUCUUUGCCAGCUAAUACUGAACACUGUGAUCCUAACUCUUAUUCAUGGACGUUGAUAAGAUUUGCUAUCGUUCGACACGUAAGAGUUCACUUGAGAAUGUUUGUACCAUCAGUUGGAGUGGAAUUGGUUGAUCUUCCUGUUGUCUCGCCACUUCUUCACGCUGUUUUCCGAACGUUAGAGGAAUGGGAUGGUAAUUUAUCAGAAGCUCUUAACUCAUUUGGCGGACCUCCACAAGAGUACAUUCCUACCCUUUAUGUUGAUUCGAAUAGCAAUGGCCCAGCUCUUUUAAAGUAUAAAGCAAUGAGAGAUGUUCAUAAUACACCUUUCAGCGCCUCUCCUGAUUGUCUCCCUGUUAAACGGCUCUGGUAUUACUUGGUUAGACAAGAUAGUCUACAAGAUGUGUUUAUUAGGUAUCUAUUUAAGAAGCGUCAGCCAAAUUUACCACCUAGUGAAGAUGAGGAGGAUGUUACAGACGCCAAAGUAGAACCUGAUGAAGCUCCAAUGAAGAUUAUACAUAGGGAACAGGAUGAUAUUGUAGCAUUCUGUUUGAAUCAGUAUACGGGUGUUUGGGCUCAACGUUUAUCAUCCGAAUACGGUGGUGAACCAAUGAUGACAAAUCUACAUUGUGCAGCUUUAGCAACUGUUAAGGAGAUUGUAGAAUUAGACGUUUCUGGGGUUUUAUCACCCCCCGCUUGGUUAGAAGAUAAUACUGAAUAUGAUAUAGAAACUAUGAUGCAGCCAGUGGCACCCACUGGUGAUUUUGUUGUAAUACCUAGAGCAGCUAGUUUAAUGAAUACUCCAACUGCUCCUGGAGCUUUUCCAAUGCCUACUUCGGUUGUUGGCUCUAGUCUUCAAAGAGAUGGAACAAGUGUUCUCUGCAAAAGGACUCAACAGUCCGGUAUCAGACGGAUGGGAGCACAUCCAAAUCUGCCUUAUUACGUAACCGGUUGUAGUGAUGGUGCCGUCAAGUUAUGGGAGUGGGGACAUAGAAAUAGUGUAUGCGAUGUCAGGCCAUCCGGUACAUUUCCGGCCGUCACUUGUUGCCUAUUUAACGCCCACGGAAACAAAUUGGGAGUUAGCGAUGCCGAAGGCGCUGUCAGUUUUUGGCAGUUGGGCGUUGCUGCGACGGUUGCCAAACCAUAUGCUCGUAUACAAUGCCAUAGUAAAGCAUCAGCAGGUUUAGUCUGGGCAGGAAGUUCAAGCGUCCUAGCCACCUGCGGGAAUGGAGAUAAUAAACACGUUGCCCUCUGGGACACUUUAUUACCUAGUCGAAGAGCAAGAGUUGCUUACUGGCCUGUUCACGAAGCUGGCGCAACUUCGAUCGUUUAUGCUCCUCAUAGACAACAAAUUAUUACUGCUGGUAGAAAGGGUGAUGUCUCAGUCAUCGAUACUAGAUCGAGGAGAGUUCAGCAUACCUUUAUGGCACACGAAGGAACACCAAUUAGAGCUUUAGCAAUAGAUCCUGCUGAACAACUCUUAGUUACUGGAGGUGGAGAAGGUGAUAUAAAGAUUUGGCGUUUAGACGCUCACAGACUAAUUCACACCUUUACGGGACAACAUUCAAAGUCGUCUUUAUUUAGAAAUGUGUCCGGAAGUAGUAAGGGAGUUUUACAAUUGACUUUAACGCCCGAUAGACAUUUAUUAUCUUGUGGAGCUGAUGGCUCGCUAAAAGUACGCCAAUUGGCGGAUGGUUAAAUUAAUUUACAAAUUUAAAGAAUAGAAGAAUAAAGUACGUUAGAAGAAUCUAUUCUUUCACUUCUACGUAUCUCUUAAGAACAUUCCGAGGUGUGCAAAAUAUUUAAAAAAAACAGUAGCAGACAGAUAUUGGAGGAGAUAUUUUACAAAAAUUGAUUAGUCAGUUGCCCAAUCAGUAUACUAGUCGAAAGAGAAAUUUUAAUCUUAUUUUCCUCUACAGCCAUUCCACCUAUUUUUGCAUGAUUAACAAUCGUGCAUAGUGUUCCUAAAAUACGUGUUGUGAAUUGUAAAUAACUUUAGUUAAGGAAAAAGAAAAGUCUACUAAAAAGGAAAAAAAAUGGAACCAAAAAAUCUUAAUCAGAAAAAUGUAUGAAGAAUGUUUAGACAAUUUUAUUCAAUUGUAGAAAGUUAUGCAACAAAAUCGUUAAUUUACAAUAUUUAUCAAAUACAAAUUCUAUUUGUUCUGCAGUAUACAUACACGUAUAAUAUAUUGUAAAUUAGAGGGAUUAUAAGGGUAGACUACUAGCUAAUAUAUGAUAAAAAAAAAAGACGUCUAAAACAC